AAACAAAAUCAAAACAAACUCAAAUGAUGGAAAAUAAGUGCAAUAAAACUCCGAAUUGCAAUAAUAAAUAUAUGGAUCACGUUUAUUGUCAUUCUGGUGAAAACAGGUACAUACGUUCCAAUAACAAUAACAAUGCUAGUGGCGGUGGCAAUGGUGCUACCACUGCACAUGGCGACAUACUGGCUCUUUUCAAGGAAAACAAACAAUUAAAGUCAAUGUUAAUAUUGCAUUUGGAUUUAAUACAAGAGCAGACAGAUCAGCUGAUGGCCAAAGAUAAACAAAUUGAAAGCCAAAACGAAGAACUGAUAGCGUUGCGUGAAAAGUGUACAGGAUUCGAAGCACAAGUGCAGGAUUUACAAACACAACUACAAAGACAGCUUAAACGAAAUGCCGGUGGAGAAGUCUCUUCCAUACCACCGCCGCCACUUGCUAAAAUACAACGUGUGGGCGAACAAACUGCAAAUCGAAAUAUUAUCGGUGAAUGUAAUGGUAAAUUAAUUAGUAAAAUUAUAUUGCAUCGUGUUAAUGUUAAUAAAGAUGUAAUGCAAUGUACAAACAUGAGCUCUACAUCAGAAUCAGAUGUGGAUGCAGAUGCAGAAGCUGAUGGUGAUGGUGAUGACGAUGAAACUGAGGAUAAAACUACACAAAAUGAUGAAGAUGACGAAGAUGAACAGGAUGAGGAACAAGAGGAAGAAGCUGAGGAAGCUGAAGAAGAAACCGAAGACCAAGAAGGGGAAAGCAGUAAUGCUACUGAAGAUAGUAAUGAUACAUUAAUAUCAAAAAUCAACAAAAAACAGCGCAACCAAAAACCUAUUACAUUAACAUUAACUCGUAAAGUUAAACCCAAUGUUACCGCCGUUGCGACGCCCAUACCAUCUUCCUCAACAACGCAGACUACUGUAACACAACCACCAAGUCGCGGUAAACAGAUGCCAGUAAUGUUGUGGCAUGCGAAUGAUAUGCAGAGCGAUGAAUCUGGUAGUUGCGAAUCAGUAGCCGGCACUGAACUGAAUUCACCGACGCCAAGUUCUAUAGCAAUGCCAAAGCCACCAGCAGAACCGAAGAAAAAAGAAACAACAUCGCAGGGCAAAAAGGAGAAGAAAAUUCUUGCACCACCAGCUUACACCAUGUACGAGAUAAAGAAUAAAUCAGUUAAUCGGUCACCGUAUAUAUCUACGGAGCAAAGGUAUUGUACACGUGAAUGGGAGACAGAAACAGUGCUACGUGAAUUUGAAUAUUUAAACCGUGAUGGUACCAUAUUGGAUUCCGAUGUUGCGACUUUGGAAAUACCGAAAUGGUCUGAGAUUGACUUAAAUGUUUCCUAUAAUAUUGAAGGUACAGAAGAUUUAAGCGACGAAACUUAUCUUAAGCGACAUGCGAAACUUGAAGCUGAUGAGAAACGUCGUAAAAAAUGGGAUGUACAACAAAUACGAGAACAACGUCGAAUCGAAAAAUUAAAGCGGCGACAUUGCAAGGACGAGCUUAACAAUCAAACGGAACAGCAAGCCAUACAAAGUUUCUAUCCUAAAAGUGAAGAAGUUGAAACAAUUUGUUAUAUAAAUAGUUUACCAGUACAGGCAUUUGGUGAAAUGAUUCCAAAAUUGAAUCCAAGAAAAGAAUUUAAAUUACCUUGGCUAUCAAGAUUCAGAUCAAGAACCACAACUAGAUCAUAUGCUUCGAGAUCUGUAGCUACGCUUGGUACCAGCAAUCUAUUGGGUUAUUCUGCUCAAGCACAACAACAGGUGCUAACUUCUUCAUAUGUGUACAUUAAGAAGCGUAAACGUCAACAAAGCUCAACAACGAGGCAAAGAAAUACAACGGCCAGCACGUCUAGAUACGCUGCAGCUGCACAACUUUCAUCUACAUCCCAAGGUUAACUUUUUUUAUGGAUGUUUCUUGGAUUUUAAAAACCCUAACUGGAACUGAAGUUGACUAUUUUUCUCAUAAUUUUAGAUGCGUACAAAAUAAUUCGGUAUGAAAUUUUUUAAUACAUUUGUUAAAUGAAAAUUUGCGUUGCAAUUGCUUAUAAACAAUUGUGAUUUGUA